CAAUUAAAUCAACUAAUCGAUUAGUCGACUAAAUCCUAUAAGUGUUAGUGGACUAAGAAGUUCUUUAGUCGAGGACCGGACUACUGGUAUCAAGAACUCAGGUAUUUGUAUUUUUACCGGUAUCGGACGUUUUUGAGCGAUACCCAGCCCUAGGUGGGAGGGAGCAGGAGGGAAGGGGAAGGUGUCUGACAUGUCGGAGCAUCCUGUGGGGCCCGGAUCGGUGCGGGCCAUCGGGCCGGAGGCUCUGGUGGCGCUGCUGGAGGGCGGGCUGGACCGCGUGGUUCUGAUAGACAGCCGGCCCUUCGUGGACUACAACGCGUCCCACGUCCUGGAGGCGGUGAACGUGAACUGCUCCAAGCUGAUGAAGAGACGCCUGCAGCAGGACAAGGUCCAGAUCACUGAGCUGCUGCAGCACUCAGCCAAGAAGAAGCUGGAGCUGCAGGGUGAUCAGGAAGUCGUUGUUUAUGAUCAGAGUUCUUCAGAUCCGGCGGCUCUCAGCGGCGAGUCUUUCCUCAGCGUCCUGCUGGUGAAACUGGCGAGGAGCUUCCCCUCCGUACACCUGCUCUCAGGUGGAUUCUCUGAGUUCUCCCAUCUGUUUCCGGGUCUGUGUGAGGGGAAGUCCACUCUGGUUCCUUCAUGCAUCUCUCAGCCCUGCCUGCCGGUCACGAACAUCGGGCCGACCCGCAUCCUGCCUCACCUGUACCUGGGCUGCCAGAGGGACGUCCUCAACAAGGAUCUGAUGCAGCAGAAUGACAUCGUCUACGUGCUGAACGCCAGCAACACCUGCCCCAAACCGGACUUCAUCCCCGAGUCCCACUUCCUGCGGGUUCCUGUCAACGAUUCGUUCUGUGAGAAGAUCCUGCCCUGGUUGGACCGAUCGGUGGAGUUCAUAGAGAAGGCGAAAGCGUCAAACGCCCGCGUCCUGGUCCACUGUCUGGCGGGAAUCUCUCGCUCCGCCACCAUCGCCAUCGCCUACAUCAUGAAGAGGAUGGACAUGUCUCUGGACGAGGCGUACAGGUUUGUGAAGGAGAAGCGGCCGACCAUUUCUCCCAACUUUAAUUUCCUGGGUCAGCUGCUGGACUUUGAGAAGAAGUUGAAGAGUCCUCUCGGUACCGACGCCAAACCCAAGCCCGUCCACCCGUCAGAGUCCAGCGGAGCCGUCCCGGUGCAGCCCGAGGACUCGGAGCCCCUGACCCUGCCGUGCGUUCUAGCCGAUGCCCCCGAGCAGCGCCUGCUGGCUCGGGCUCUGAGCGGCCUGCAGCUCGGCGCCGCCGACGGACCGGACGGAGCCGAGGACAGCGCCCGGCUGAAGCGCUCCUUCUCUCUGGACAUCAAGUCGUACGGCGAGCCGGCAGGCGGCGCCACGUACGGCCGAGGAGCCGGAGACGCCCCCGAGUUCUUCAAACCGCCAGGCUUCAAGGAGCUGACCAGCAAACCGUGCCAGUUCUCUCCGGUGCAAGAAGUCUCGGAGCAGUCCACUCCGGAGCAGAGCCCCGACAAAGACGAGGUCAACGGGGAGCGAGUCGCAGCGCCGGCACAGCCCUCGCCGCCACAGCCCUCGCCGCCACAGCCCUCGCCGGCACAGCCCUCGCCGCCACAGCCCUCGCCGGCCUCCAGCGGCUUCAAGCCUCCGCCCGCCACGCCGAACUGUUCGCAGCCGCUGCACCGGAGCGGCAGCGUGGAGGAGAACGCCACCAGCUUCCUGUUCGGCUUGUCCCGGAGCCAGCAGCAUCUAUCGGCCAAACCGGGCCCCGGUGGUGCCGGUGGCGUGCUGAAAGGCUGGCACUCUGACAUCCUGCUGGGCUCCCUCGCCGGCGGCUGGUACCUGUCCUCAGACUCCACGCGCUUCUACUCCGCCUCGGCCGUCCUGAACGGCACCGCGGUGGCGGCCUACAGCUGUGGCGCCGUAGGCCUGGAGGAGGUGCGGCGCCGACGCGGCAGCCGGCAGAGGACGGGCAGCGACCGCGGAGACUCGCGGCGGAGCUGGCACGAGGAGAGCAGCUUCGAGAAGCAGCUGAAGAGACGCAGCUGUCAGAUGGAGUUCGGAGACGGGAGGACGGACGGCAGCAGAGAGGAGAUGGGGAAGGUGGGGAGCCAGUCGAGCUUCUCCGGCAGCGUGGAGAUCAUCGAGGUCUCCUGAGACUCUGAGAGACUGAGACAGACUCUGAGAGAUUGAGACAGACUCUGAGAGACUGAGAGAGACUCUGAGAGACU